UUUUCUGGAAACAAGGCGCCCGUUUUAUUUUGAAGGGGCCUCUUCCGGUGCGGCGGCCCACCUGCACGCACCUUGACGCAGCUCUGAGGCCAGUCGGCAUGACAACGCGCUCUCCAGGGCAAACCGGGAACAGCUGAUGGAGGAGGAGGAUGGCAGCUCAAGAUGCCCUGUAACGGAACCAGCGCUGAGAACGGACCGAGCGGCCGCCCCGGGACCAGAACCGGUUCGCCCCCGGUGCCGGCCAUGGAGAGAGCCCGGCCCAUCACGGUGAAGGUGUCUGCGGUGAGCCUGGCGCUCAGCUCGCUGUCCUUGCUGCUGCUGGUCACCGCCAUCUCCACGGACCACUGGUACCAGACCGAUACGCGCAGGCACAAGCAGAACUGCGACGGUUCCGACUCCAACGACCAGAAGAACCGGGAGAUGCCCAUCUACCACCUGCCGCUGGUGGACACCGGCGGCGCGGCGGCGCGGCAGCGGGACGUGGCGCUCAUGAAGCCCGUUCAUGUGGGCAGCAGGGAGGAGGAGCUGCUGGAAAACUGGAGGGCCAUCCUGGGGAUGGGCAUCCUGGAGACGGAGUGCGGCAGGCCGCUCUUCUCCACCCACUCCGGCCUGUGGAGGAAGUGCUACUUCAAGGGACUGGACCCGGACAUCGACAAGCUCAUCGACCGGGGUAUCGCAGAUCGCUGCACAGCUGUGAAGUAUCAUUUUUCUCAGCCAAUCAGAUUACGGAACAUCCCUCUGAACCUGACCAGAACCAUCCAACAAGACGAGUGGCACCUGCUACAUCUGCGGCGCAUCACGGCGGGCUUCCUGGGCAUGGCGGCUGCUGUCCUGCUGUGCGGCAGCAUCGUGGCGUCGGUGGGAUUCUUCUGGGAGGAGAGCCUGACGCAGCACGUCUCCGGCCUGCUAUUCCUCAUGGCAGGGAUCUUCUGCACCAUCUCUUUGUGCACGUAUGCUGCCAGCGUGACCUACGACCUUUCCAGGAACCCGCCUUUCAUCUACGGUCUUCCGGCGGACGUGGAUCACGGCUACGGAUGGUCCAUCUGCUGCGCUUGGGCCAGUCUGGGUCUGACUGUGGCGUCCGGCUGCCUCGGAACCUCCUUCCCUUUCCUAAGUCGGGCCGGAGCGCUCGGAUCCAAAACGGCCCGGGAAUCGUCCGUCUGAGGCGCCAGUCAGGAGAAGCUGGACCGAGUUUAGACUCUGCUGUGGGCAGGACAUUGGACCUCAGGUGGACAGGCUCACCUGUUUGUAGAGCCAUUGCUCAGCAGAGCGCCACCUGGUGGAUGUAAAGAAUGAGGAGUCUGAUUGGGUCUGCAGGUCCAGUUUUGUUUGGACUCGGACCUCCUGAGUAUAUUUGCAGGUUUUCUGCUAUGACAUCAUUGCUGGAUGAGGUCACAUUUUUAUUUUGGACUAUGAUGAACUUCAUGAAUGGUUUUCAUCACGACUGAAGGUUGGCACAAAAACUCGUUAAAUGUCUGAGGUCGUUAACACUGGCUGUUAACGAUGAAGCUCGUUAACCUGAUCCAUUUUCACACCCAGCCGCCCUUAAAAACCCAAACUAUCUCUUCUUCUUGAUCUGAAGUCAACAGAAAUAAAACUUUAGUGUUUUCAGGAAAGUCCAAACCUUCAGCUUCAAACUGAACUCACCUGUUUCAGGACUGAGUCGAUUUUCGCUUCUCAUCACUCAGCUUGAUGAACAUCCAGCGACCGUUUCAGAAAGAAUGGCCGAUCUACCCUGACUAGAAAGCUGCUGCUCUGAGUAGUUCCUCCUCACUCUGCCUGGCUGAUACAGGUGAUAUCAGCCAGGUAACUAAACUCAGCGUCCAAUCAAAAAGCCCUGAUCAAUGGAUUGCAGAUAACGUCAUGGGAGCAUGCACUUCCCAAUAGUUGAAUUUGAAACUUUUAUGAAGAAUAUUAAACCAUAACUAACAAAAAUAAAGAAUGCUGUUGCUGCAGAAAAAGUAAGUUAGCUGCAGAGAAUUGCCGAAAAAGUAAAUGCAUGAGUGAUAUGAGUGUCGUGACAAAGAAUUAAAGCUUUUUCUCCUCACACUGCAUUCAGGG